GCUUGAUCCACAAUGACUAAGAAUGCUUUUGCACCUGCCUCUUGAAGCGCCGAGGCUAAGCGCGAUGUCAGAGUCGCAGUUGUGCCCCACCUGUUAUCCGCACCACCCAAACAUGAGCUGCAGGAAGCUCGCGCGUAUUCUCUGGCAACCAUUUCUACACUGCGGAAGAAGCUUUUCGCCUCGACCAACCCGAUUCCAUAACCUUACACACUUUGCCGAGAAGCUUAGCAAGCCACGAGGACUUGCUUCGGUUGCCAGAAUGGGAAUCGCGGAAAACUAUGACGAGGUACUCAAGGGCAAGUACCCAGCCAAGGAGCACGCGAGGAAGGUCGCCAGGUGGAUCAUUGAAAAGGGCGGCGAUAAGAAUGGAACCAUUUACCUCGAGGCUCAAAAGCAGAAACUGAACGAGGACAACGAUGGAGAGGCUCCUUUCAGACAACGACGAUACUUCUACUACCUCAGUGGAUGCGACCUUCCAGAUUCAUACCUCACGUAUGAGAUCAGCUCAGACAAGCUUACGCUGUUCAUACCUGGUGUUGAGCCUGAGGAGGUCAUCUGGUCUGGCCUUCCCAUGAGCCCCAAGGAAGCAAAGACCAAGUAUGACAUUGAUGACUGCAAGACGACCGCCGAUGUCAACUCGCACUUGGCCAGCUCCAUCGACACGUCCCAGUCGACCAUCUACGCCAUCCCAGAGCAGAUCUCGGACCACGUCACUUUCCUCAAUUUCAAAGAGAAGGACCUCAAAGAGCUCAAGCCUGCGAUCGAGUACUGCCGUGUGACCAAGACGGACUAUGAGAUCGCGCUCAUCCGCAAGGCUAACGAAAUCUCAACUGUUGCUCAUAUUAAUGUCAUGAAGGCCGCAUCCAACGCUCAGAACGAGUGCGAGCUCGAGGCCAUAUUUCUGAAGUCGUGCGUAGAGCGCAACGCAAAGAAUCAGGCCUACCACUCCAUCGUAGCGGCUGGCACCAAUGGCGCAACUCUCCACUACGUGAACAACGCAGCACCUAUCAACAAGCAGAACUUACUCCUUCUGGACGCAGGAUGCGAGGUUGACUGUUACGCCUCAGAUAUCACCCGCACAUUCCCCAUCAGGGGCACCUUCAACAAGGAGAGCAAAGCUAUUUACGACAUCGUUCUGCACAUGCAGAAAGAAUGCAUCGCCGCGCUCAAAGCCGGUGCGGUGUGGGAUUCGAUCCACGAGCUUGCGCACAAGAUCGCCAUCGACGGACUUCUCGCACUGGGCAUUCUUAAAGGCGAUGCCGACGAGAUCUUCAAGGCGCGGAUAAGCGUUGCGUUUUUCCCUCACGGUCUCGGACACUAUCUGGGCAUGGACACUCACGAUACCGGAGGCAAUGCAAACUAUGCUGAUAAAGACACUAUGUUCCGCUACCUCAGGGUUAGGGGCACGGUGCCGGCGAGGAGCGUUAUUACAGUUGAGCCGGGAAUUUACUUCUGUAGGUUCAUCAUUGAACCGUAUCUGCAGGAUGAGAGGCAGAAGCAGUACAUUGACGAGAAGGUGCUGGAGAAGUACUGGGAUGUUGGCGGUGUGAGGAUUGAGGAUAACCUCCUCGUCGUUGAUGGUGGUAGCGAGAAUUUGACACCGACACCUAAGGAGGUUGACGACAUCACGAAGCUCAUCAGGACUGGUCAGUAGGGCGCAGUACCAUAUCCGUGGUUCGAUGACAACAGCAAUAUAACAGCAAAUGUUCCACCAUUCUCCUCUUCUCAAAAAGCACUCAAAUAUCCCGGAACGUCCUUAGGUACAGUACAGUUUGGUGUUCGCCAAGCACUUCUGGGCGGAAGUCAACCCCUGCCGCGGGACCCUUUCAAUUUGUGUAUAUUAACGCAGGUCACACUCACGUUCUCGCUCUUGUUCUCGCCUCUUGCAAGUCGUUUCGAAAUCGCCGAAAGGGCGUACAGCCUUGCGCGCUAGACCAAACCCCGGAUUUGGCGGCCGAUUCCCACAGUACCUGCAGUCCUUCAUCUACUUCAAUGCGGAGCAGUAUGACCGCGGCAGAUGGGGUAACAUAUUUCGCAUGCUAUAAACUGAA